UCUGCGGUGUCCCUGAAAGUCAUCGACUACUUGGACUUCUGGGAUAUUUCAAGCCUUCGAGCAACAUCUCGGUACUUCCGGACGUUACCCAAGCCCAGGCAAAUCCACCGUGUACUGGUGGAGUUCGACAAAGAAUUCGAGCAGUGUAGGCAUCUACUCUUUACUUUUGACAGCCAGAUCUCUUCUCGGAUCCUUCAAGGUCUCGCAGAGACUCAUCACCCUGACGGCAGAGUUAUCGAGACCGACAAUCGUCUGAGUCCUAAUUACUUGAAUAAGUACAGGGUUCUAGGAGACUGGAUGGUGUCGACAAAAACACUGGGCAUCCCAAGCUGCCAUGCAUUGGUGGCUGUGAAGAAACGACUAUCCCUAUCUCUGACCCGAUGUGACGAGUGCCUACUCCUCAAAGAGGCAGAGCAAUUCGACCUCAGCCAAUUCGGAACGGGUGGGACGAUGUACGAACUUCUACGAAGCCUCGACUGGGUCACUUUCAGACAGUCGUUUGGCCCGCAUCUGCCGGUGAAGGAACCCGAGAGAAGAGUAUGUCUGCCGUGCCGUUUUCGAACCACCAGAGAAGCUCAAGAGAUAGGCUGGAUACGGGAAAUCUAUGAGCCUCACUGGCAGAUCAUUUGUUCUGGGUGCUCGAGGAGGGAGUUCUUUCUGAACUCACAACACACUCCUCCGACAGUCUGUGAUUGCACUGGAGAUCACGCAUGUUGGGAGACACCUCAUGUCCUUGAAGCCUUUGGUGUCUAUGCUCAGACUGGAAGAAUGUUGUCAGGAAAGCUCUGUACUCGAUGCUUUGUGAACGCCAAUGCCAAAUGGUUCGCGCGCAAGCAGCAAUUGAAGGCCGAGAUUGCCGAAAGAGAACGCGAACUGUGGUCGAUGGACAAAGAAGACGAAGGUGACGAGGAGGGCUGCGCUAUUGGCGGACAAUAUUGGUGAUUUCUGUUGAGCUUCCUCUCGGUCAUCGACCUUGACUUGGAUUUGGAGCAUUUCAGUUCACUUCAGCGGCACAUACGAUUCUGAUAAAGGACAUGCACACUGGAAAGCGUGCAGGACCUAAUUUGGAACGAUUUACAGCAGGCAACGAUGUUGUAUGCUGGUCUGAAUCAAGCAAGCUGUCAGCAUGGGGUGUCGUGUAAUGUGAAUGUGUGUCUGGCACAGAUAGGUGGUGAUCUCUGGUAACAG